AUGGGUUCUAACACCAACAACAUUUCUGACAACGACAACGACACGCGUACAACGUCGCUGAUUCGCGGUGUAGCCUCUAGUGCCGCUACUAAGGCCAAGAGUGCUAAUGCCACCCAUGACAGCGCUGGCGCCAAGGAGUCGAGUGCUGGGGGUAAGAGCACCGAGCCCAGAACACCUGCGUCGCCUCCCAGCUCGGACUCUCCUACCUCCACCAUGGAAGAGCCAGCUGAUGACGAAGAUUCCACCGGUACGACUCGCCAGAUCGGAAAGAAGGCGAAGAGGCCCCAGUCGCCUGACUGGCCUUCGAGCCCCUUUGGACUAACGUACGAGCUCGAAGUUCUGGAUCGAGUCCGGUCGUUGACCAACCUGUGCGAUCUCAAGUCAAACAGAUACGGGUUAACGAGAAUCCCCAAGGGAGCAACCUGGGGCGAAGCGGAUGACAAACUCGACGACGUUUUGUGCGCCGACGGCCGUCCCCUUAUUGCGCUGAUCAUCGGCGAGAUCGACAACGCCUCCUUCUUCAAUGAGAUAGGCCAGCCCCUCAAGUUCGUUCGCGUUUCUGUGCAGCCCAUGUAUCACGCGGAUGUGGUCAUGGCGCACAAGAUGAUAAAGCAGCUGUCUGGCAAGGUGAAGAAAGAGGAGGAGCUUCAGGUUAACAUCGUUGAAACCGGCAGACGCCAGGCACGCCGUGAAAAGAAAGGCAGGAACACUGUGGCCUACGAGUUCAGGCAUGGUUACGACGCGUCCGACCAAUACGGCCCCAAGUCGAUCAUGCCAAAGAUCCGUGCUCAGGAGAUAGGCUACCGCGACCUCGUGAUUGUCGAGUGCAAAGUCGUCAGAUUCCGCGUCGACUCCGAGACCGGCAAGGCAAGCUACUAUAACAGCAACUGGACGAGCUGGAGGGUGCGCUUCGAUAUCGUCAGCGUCUGCAGGAUGUGCGAGUGUGGGGACGAUGUGCAGUCCGCGGGGCCGUCUGACGACGAGGACGUUCCGGUCGUCUAG